AUGUUUUUUUGUCCGCUAUGUACAAAUAUUCUUGCAAUAGAUAAAUUAAAUAUCCAAACAGCUUUUAUCUGUAACACUUGUCCAUAUCAAUAUAAGAUUAAUAUGGUAUUUAAUAAGUCAGCAAGAAAUAAUGUGAUUGCUGUAGAUAAAGUGUUAGGAGAAGAUGAAUAUAAAUAUGCUAGUACCUGUGAAAAGAAGUGUAUAAAAUGUGAUUCAAAUAAAGCAUUGUUUAUGGAAUUACAGACUAGAAGUGCAGAUGAGCCUAUGACUAUUUUUUAUGAAUGUGUACUUUGUAAGACAAAUUGGAAAGAAAACUAG